UAGAUUCAUCUUAAAGACCUAUUUGCCAACAAAAUAGUGAUUUAUGUGUCAACAACCCUUUUUAUUCCAUUCAAUCAAGACUUUGGAAUCAAUUUCUCCCAGAAGCCUAAAACACGACAUUGAUCUCCGUCUUGCCUUCGAUAUCAAGGGAAAUUGCGUAGUUUCCAUCUCUCUUGAAUCUCAAUCCAACAGAGGAAGCUAUGUCUGGACUUGAAUUCGUCAAAAAGUAAUGCAAAUACUGACAACAAUUACACUUGUAGGGAGUCAGGCCACCUGUCAACUUCCGUCUCUUGUUUCUUCCUCUACUUUGGUCUCUCCGAUCUGACCAAAAACCCUAGUGAGUUAUUAUUAUCCUCGAUUCGAAGAAUAGAUUGUUUAAUUUUGGGAUAACGUUGGGUGUCUGCGAGAAGGGAGAAACUGAUCGGAAAAUGGAGCGACGGGGGAGUCCUCCGAAGCAUAGACACGAUGGGACUUCGCCUUUGCCUUUGGGGAUGGAUUGGAGCCCUCCACCUAAAAAAUGGAAUGGAAGGGAUACAAUUUGGCCACAUGAUCCAAGAACAGGAUGGAGUUACUGCAUCACAAUCCCAACAUGGGUUGUCCUUCCAAAAUCUAGAGACUCAGAUCCUGUUGUGUUUUACAGGGUUCAAGUUGGUUUACAAUCUCCCAAAGGGGUCACAACAACACGAACAGUAUCAAGAAGAUUUAAUGAUUUCUUAAGAUUGCUUGCUGCUCUUAGGAAAGCAUUCCCCAAAAAGAAUCUCCCACCAGCUCCACCAAAGGGACUCUUGAGGUUAAAAAGCCGAACUUUAUUGGAAGAGAGGCGUUGUUCUUUGGAAGAGUGGAUGACAAAACUGCUAUCUGACAUUGAUAUAUCAAGAAGCAUUGUAGUGGCAUCCUUUCUUGAACUUGAAUCUGCUGCAAGAUCUUCAUUCCAAGAUGAAAAUCCACAAAUUGGGCAAUCAAGUUCUCCACAUAUUCAUCCAAAUUUAAAUUCAAAUGAAUUUAUACCUUCCGGAAGCACCCCUGAUUACAACAGUGACACUGCUUAUGAUGAGGCUUCAGAAAUUGGAACCUCAAGAGACAACAUAUCAGAAAUAGGCACAGAAGAUUUAUCUCUAGAUGAAGAUUUAGUGGGCCCACUUGAAAAACUAGUCAAACACGGUGUUUCAAAUAUUGAUGAAGGGUUAUUAAUGGGAAAUGCAAUUCUAGACCAAGUUGAAGGGUAUUCUAGGAAUACAAAUCAUUCACGAGAGAUUAACAUGAGGGGUAGUAGUAGUAGUGAAAAAAAUGGUGAUUAUGUAUCUGAAAAAGAUGAUGGAAAAUUUUUUAAUGGGAAUAAUGAGAUUAUUAAGGAAUCAAAUGAUGUAAAAAAUUUGGUUCUUCCUUUAGGGCAACAACAAAAGAUGAAUAGGGUUCUUGUAAGUAUGCAGAGAAGACUUGGAACUGCAAAAACAGAUAUGGAGGAUUUGAUUUCAAGAUUGAAUCAAGAAAUAGCAGUUAAAGAUUAUCUUACAACAAAGGUGAAGGAUUUGGAGGAGGAGCUUGAAACUACAAAAUUGAGAAGUAAAGAAAAUCUUCAUCAAGCAAUUUUAAUGGAAAGAGAAAGAGUUACUCAAAUGCAGUGGGAUAUGGAAGAACUUAGAAGGAAAUCACUAGAAAUGGAGUUUAAAUUGAAAUCCCAAUCUCAACAGGGUGAAAAGGUGGAGGAAAUGAAAUCUGUGAUUGAAGAAAAAGAUGAAUUACUUGAGGAAUUGGAAGAUACCAAAAGUAAACUUGACCAAUUGUCAAAGAAACAUCAAGAAUUAGAAAUUAAAUCAAAAGCAGAUGUGAAAAUUCUUGUGAAAGAGGUUAAAUCCCUUAGAACCUCACAAGCUGAAUUGAAACAGCAGCUUAAUCAAUCACUUAUCGGGAAAUCAGAGGCAGAGAAACUAGUGCAACAAGAAAAGGAAAGAAUGGAGGAGGAGAAAGCUGGUAGAAUGAAGCUGCUUCAUGAAUGUGAUGUUCUUCAAAAACGCCUUAGAGAGUGCAGCAUGAAUUUGGUAAUAAAUGGAAGUAGUGAGGACAAAUUAGUCAUUUGUUCUCCAUCUGUUGAAGAUGCUUUACAACUUGUGAAAAUAUCUGAUGAUCGAAUGGAAGCCCUCCUUGCACAGGCGCAGAUGUUAGCAGAAGAUGAUAGUUUUGAUGAUGGCGACAACCCAACAAAUAAUAAUAAUAAACUUAGGAAAAUAUUAUCGGAAAUUCUGGUGGAUAAUAUCACAUUGAGAAGACAAGUGAGUCUUCUUUUUGAUGGGGCCCUCAAAACAGGCAUCAUAACAACAACAACAACAACAACAACAACAAAAGACAUGGAAGUCUCAUUGGAUAAGUCUUAAAAAGAAAAAAAAAACAAGAGGUUGGUUGGUUGGUUGGUUAGAUACAGAAGAUGGAAGUGUACAUAUACCACAAAUAUAUCAUAGCAUAUGAUGCUUUACUAACAUUACAUUACCUUUGUGGGUAAUUCCAAAUUUUAGGGCUUGCUUUAUUUUUUACUGAUGUCUGUUUGUCUGUCUGGAGAAAG